UAACCUCCUGUUCAAAAUUACUCAACUGUGCGAAAAUAGGGCACGGUUGUGAAGUUCGGCUGAAAGGAGAUCCGUCGUAUGUUUUUUUUAAAAAAAGCCGUCAACAAUUAACAAACGAUGGCUGCUGUGAAAUUCGGAAAACAUCUGAAAGAGUUGAGAAUCUUGCUCUGUCAAACGUCCAAAUCUAGUCAAGGCGUUAGAGAUUUCAUUGAGCAACAGUAUGUGCCAUUGAAGAAAAGUAAUCCGAGAUUUCCCGUUUUGAUCAGGGAAUGCUCGUCAAUCGAACCGAAACUGUACGCGCGUUUUGAGUACGGUGUAGAACAGUGUAUACCUCUGUCGAAUCUAAAAUCUGAGGAAGUGCUUAAGAAGGUUCAAGAAGUAGCUUCUCAAAAAUAGAGAGAGAUAUAUACUUUGUACUAUUAAUAAAUAUAUGUGUAUGUAUGUCGCAAUAUGUGUAUAUAGUUGUUUU